UGUCAGCCUCCAGCUGCCGCAGCUGCGCCGCCUGCAGCUCCAGCAGGCGCAGGAAGGCGCUGGCCACGCUGCUGACCUGUUCCAGGGCAGGAUGGCUCAGGACAUGACAGAGAAGGAGCUGCUGAAGAUGGAGCUGGACCAGCUGAAGAAAGAGGUGAAGAAUGAGAGGCAAAUGGUGUCCAAGACGGGCAAGGAGAUCAAGGAGUACAUCGAGUCCAUGGCGGGCGAGGACCCCCUGCUCAAGGGCGUGCCCGAGGACAAGAACCCCUUCAAGGAGAAGGGGGGCUGCACCAUCAGCUGACCCAGCCCAGCACCAACCCUAGAGC